CACACUGGGUUACUAUGAGCUCAGUCUGUAUCGUAGCGCGUUUUAGUUUUGUGUUACAAACCAACGCUGUAUUUUUAUUUGUAAACAGUCUUUUAGUAUAGGUGUUCAUUUACACCACUUCGCUUCAACGCAUGAACAUGGAUGAAGAUAAUCGAGUGUCUGAAGAUCUUUCACUUGAAGAGGGAGAUGAACUGUCAAACAUCAGACAGAGGAAAAAGGAACUUCUAGAUGACAUUGAGCGGUUAAAGUUUGAGAUCUCUGAAGUAAUGACAGAGAUUGAGAAUUUAAUGUGUGUCAGAGAGACUAAAACCGUUCAGAGGAACAAGCAUAUUGCUGUUGGAAGAAAGAAAUUCAAUAUGGAUCCUAAAAAGGGAAUUCAGUUUCUUUUGGAGAAUAAUCUUCUGCAAUACACACCUGAGGACAUCGCUCAGUUCCUCUAUAAAGGCGAAGGCUUAAACAAAACUGUCAUAGGAGAUUAUUUAGGAGAAAGGGACGACUUCAACCUUAAGGUUUUGCAGGCUUUUGUGGAGCUUCAUGAGUUUGCUGACCUAAACCUGGUGCAAGCUUUGAGGCAGUUUUUGUGGAGUUUCAGACUUCCGGGAGAAGCACAGAAGAUUGAUCGUAUGAUGGAGGCCUUUGCUGCUCGAUAUUGCCAAUGUAACCAAGGUGUCUUUCAGUCCACAGACACAUGCUACGUUCUCUCGUUCUCUGUCAUCAUGCUCAACACCAGCCUACACAACCCUAAUGUAAGAGACAAGCCCACAGUGGAAAGGUUUAUCAUAAUGAACCAGGGCAUCAAUGACGGAGGUGACCUGCCUGAGGAGCUGCUCAGAAAUUUAUAUGAGAGCAUUAAGAAUGAGCCUUUCAAAAUUCCUGAAGACGACGGGAAUGAUCUUACUCAUACAUUCUUUAAUCCAGACAGAGAGGGAUGGCUGCUAAAGCUAGGAGGAAGAGUGAAGACCUGGAAGAGGAGGUGGUUCAUUUUGACGGAUAAUUGUCUUUAUUACUUUGAAUACACAACAGACAAGGAGCCGAGGGGGAUCAUUCCACUGGAGAAUCUUAGCAUACGAGAGGUAGAGGAACCAAGGAAACCAAACUGCUUUGAGCUGUACAACCCUAGACACAAGGGGCAGGUAAUUAAAGCAUGCAAGACAGAGGCAGAUGGAAAGGUGGUGGAGGGGAAUCACGUGGUGUACAGAAUAUCAGCACCCACGCCAGAGGAGAAGGAAGAGUGGAUCAAAUCCAUCAAGGCAAGCAUCAGCAGGGACCCUUUCUACGACAUGCUGGCUACAAGGAAGCGACGAGUGGCCACUAAAAAAUGAGAGAUACCUGCAAGUCCUGUAACUUGAGUUCUGCAGAUCACUCUUCAUAUGAAAACUCUCCACAGAAUCUCUGCAGCCUGCAGGAGAUGUCUGCAAAGACAACAGCUCUCACAGUAAAUGGUAAAGGACAUGAUUUUCAAAAUCAAAGGGAUACGAUGUACUUUGAAAAACUCUCCAGUAAAACAAUUGUGGACUGUGUGGAGAGUACAAGUGAUGUUGAUGGUGCAAUUAUGUUUGGAUUUUGUCUUUCUCCAAAAAUAACUUUGCUUUAAGAGUAAUGGCUGAUACAAAUGUGCUACAAUAUCUGCGUAAUUUCAUGUGUGGAUCCAGUAUAUAUAGUGAGUAGCGCCCCCCACUGCACACAGUAGGAACUUUACGAGACAUUUGUUACAACAAUCACUAAAGUUCAGGGUUUGCCAUAUGGAGAUGUUCUCAAAUCCUUUCCGUUUAGUUUGUCUAGAUUUAAGCUCUGACAAUGAUUACAUGAGACUCAAGGUUAAAAUGUAUAUAAAAUAUUAUGUAAAAUAUACCAGACUAAUGGUGGUCCUUUGCAUUCACAUGUUGUUUAUUUAUUUUAAUUCAGAUGUGACAAAAGGCGAUUUCAGUGCUAUUAAUAUACUGCAUACUAAUUGCAUUAGUAGUUUACAUUUUGUUAUUUUCAGUUGUCAUCUCAUAGUCAUCUAAAUCAGCCAGACAGGUUGCAUUGCAGUAAUUGGAAGACAGAAAAUAAUCACAAAGUUAAAAAAAAAAAAAUCCUUUUAUUUACUUUGUUUUUAAGGUCCUUAAUAAAACAUAUAAAUUUCUUAUGUUCCCUCACUAUGCUAUUAUUAUGUAAUGCCUUUUAAAUUUAAUACAAACUCUGCAUCCUUUUUGUAUAUAUUUUUUAAAUUGUUGUUGGUAUAAUGUAUUUUGUUGUAUUUAUGUAGUGUUGCUAUUCUGUUCAUUGAAUCCAUUGUUUGUUUGUUUGUUUUUACUGAAUAACAAAAAAAAUAUCACUUAAGCCAUUGCUAUUUUUGUAUAUAUUCUUUUGAAACUCCAUAAACAGAAAAUACAUUCACUGAGCACUUUAUUAGGUACACCUACUUAUCUAAUCAGCCAAUCAUGUGGCAGCAGUGCAGUCCAUAAAAUCAUGCAGAUACGGGUCAGGAGCUUCAGUUGAUGUUCACAUCAUCCAUCACAAUGGGGAAAAAAUGUGCUCUCUGUGAUUUUGACCAUGAUUUUCGGCAUGAUUGUUGGUGCCAGAUGGGCUGGUUUGGGUAUUUCUGUAACUGCUGAUCUAAUUGGAUUUUCACACACACAGUCUCUAAAAUUUACUCAGAAUGGUGCCAAAAACAAAAAACAUCCAGUGAGUGGCAGUUCUGCAGACGGAAACACUUGGUUGAUGAGAGAGGUCAAAGGAGAAUGGCCAGACUGGUUAGAGCUGACAAAGGCUACUGUAACUACUGUACAAUUGUAGUGAGCAGAAUAGCAUCUCAGAAUACACAACACAUCAAACCUUGAGGCAGAUGGGCUACAACAGCAGAAGACCAGGUCAGGCACAUUAUUAGAACCACAGUGUUCAUAAUAAAGUGCCCAGUGACUGUAGAAGUAAGGAGCUAAUCCUUUCUAAGUAAAAGAAAGUACUCCUAUACUGUUAUCAAGCCUUUUCACUGUUUAAAAUACAUCCAAAUUAAAUUAACCAGUUUCUUAGAAAUAAAUCAUAACUUCAGCUAGUUUAAGUGGACCACAUCCUCCGAUUGUGUAAUUCUGACUGCGGUGAUAGUAAUUACAUUGAUCACAUGGAAAUAUUGACAAUAUAAUAACUUCAUAAUCUGGGUUAACUAAAUCUAACAAAAUUAUACAAACAAUGUAGCCCUUUUCUUAUUUACAAAUGACAAAAAUCCUGUUUACAUGAACCAUAUAAAGAGAUAUACAACAAAACCAACCUGAACAUAAGUUUAUUAUUUUGUGGAAACAAAAGUCUCUACUUAUAUUCUUCAUUAAAAAAAAAAAAUAAAUAAAGGGGGGGGGGUUGGCACAUUUACAUAUAGGUAAAAAUGCAGAAAGACCUUAAUGUUUCAAGCAACAUUUUUUAUAGGAACUCUAGUGAGAACUUUGAUAUCAUCACUGUCUGAUGAUAAACACGAAUCUCCAAAAAAUAAAAAACGCUUCGAGAAAAUGGAAACACUUUUUUCUCGUAAACUAUCUUACAAGACUUAAACAGACAACCUGAUUAAUCAUCUUUUCAUUGGUCAUUUCGAUGCACAAUUCAAACAGUAGGAAGAGGUCAUUCGGUGUAUUUAGUCUUUGGUAAAAACAACUAAAUUACCAAAAUUCAAAACGUGUUUUUCACCAGACAGCGAUGAUAUGGUGCUUUAAUUCUGUCAGUCAACCUUGGGCCCUCCCCUUAUGACCACAAGCACUGACCUAUUCAAAUUCUUGAAUGCAAUGCAAGUCGCUUUGGAUCAUGUAUGCCAAAAGAAAUGCAAGUAAUUGAGCGCUGUCGACUUCCUGUGGUGCAUGCACCAGCUGAGCAACUGGCAUUGAGAGGAAUGAGAACAUUAACAGAAUUUUCUCUCCAGGUAUAUCAGAACUUCUUAAUUUUGUUCAUUAUUAUAUUUUAUAAAAGAACUAUGCUGAAAAAAAUAAAAAGUGAAAACUUCCCUCGUGUGGUUUCUUGAUCUGCGUACAUGGAGGACUGUUUUGAGGGGGCCUUAUAGCAGGAGACGUGGUCUAAUAAUUAGCUCUGUGAUUUAACGGGUAGCCAGUGUAAACUUCCCAAGUCCAGAGUGAUGUUUUGGGGCAGAACUGUACUGAAGUACAUGAAGCUUGCUCAAGUUUCUCCCAAUCAGGCCACUCGUGAGUGCGUUGGAGGUCUUUGAUCAGGCUUCCUGCAUUUGACCAAACCCAAUUGUCUAAUUAUGAACCUUUUUCAAACCGACCUUCCUUUUGUCUCCAAGACCCUUGAGAUAUAUAUUGUCAAACACUUGCAUAACUUAUCAACCCCUUUCAGCCGGUCACUUUUAAAUCUGGUGACUCCAAUAAAAGUGCUCUCGUUGCUGUAACUGAAGUGCUGAAGUCAAGCAGAGCAUCCUCCCAUAAAUCUGUACUAAUUGCUCAUGUUCUUGCAACAUUGUCCACUGUUAACCAAUGACUUCUUACCGUCAGGUCGGACAUUGACAUGGGCAGUUAUAAUCGAGCUAUCGCAGGUUGACUCUCCCAUUUUCGAUCAAGGAUUUUAACAUCUUUCAUGGAUAUAAAAAUAGAUGGCUAAUCAUCACCAAAAUCCGUAACAAUGCAAUUAUUUUUAUCAACAGCUGGCUGUUUCACCAUCAUAACCUUCCAUUAUUUUUUUCAUACCUUACCUUCAAAUAGCUGGAUAACAUAUUUCACACAAAACAGAAAUUUCACAAGUCAUUCUAUAGACGUAAAAAGGAAACCCAACCCUUUACAAAACCAAACACUUCCCAUCAUCACAUACAUGUUCAUUCACU